CCUCCAUUCAGAAGAAAUGCUGUGGCACUUCCCUCUACCCACCCAGAGUGGAACACAAGAGACUACAUAGCUGAAGAAAUUACAGCCUUCUUACAAUGAGAGGCAUUCAAGUCUAAGAAGUUUCCAGCUGAAGGAAAAUAACCAACAGCUCCUCCACAGUGUAGACUGGAACGGGGAAAACAUGAACAUCACUAACUGUACUGCAGAAGCCAGUGUGGCUGUGAGAGCCAAGACCAUCACUGAGAAGAUGCUCAUUUCCAUGACUCUUGUGAUCAUCACCACCCUGACCAUGUUGCUAAACUUGGCCGUGAUUAUGGCCAUCUGUACCACCAAGAAGCUUCACCAACCUGCCAACUACCUGAUCUGUUCUCUGGCCGUGACAGACCUCCUGGUGGCAGUGCUAGUCAUGCCCUUGAGCAUCAUGUACAUUGUCAUGGACAGCUGGAAACUAGGGUACUUCAUCUGUGAGGUGUGGCUGAGCGUGGACAUGACCUGCUGCACCUGCUCCAUCCUCCAUCUCUGUGUGAUUGCCCUGGACAGGUACUGGGCCAUCACCAAUGCUAUUGAGUAUGCCAGGAAGAGGACCGUCAAGAGGGCAGGACUGAUGAUCCUCACCGUCUGGACUAUCUCCAUCUUCAUCUCCAUGCCUCCUCUGUUCUGGAGAAGCCACCGGCAACCCAGCCCACCCCCUAGUCAGUGUGCCAUCCAGCAUGACCAUGUCAUCUACACCAUCUACUCCACUCUUGGGGCAUUUUAUAUCCCCCUGACUUUGAUACUGAUUCUCUAUUACCGGAUUUACCAUGCAGCCAAGAGCCUUUACCAGAAAAGAGGGUCAAGCCGGCACUUAAGCAACAGAAGCACAGAUAGCCAAAAUUCAUUUGCGAAUUGUAAACUUACACAGACUUUUUGUGUGUCUGACUUCUCCACCUCAGAUCCUACCACAGAGUUUGAAAAGAUCCACACGUCCAUCAGGAUCCCUCCCUUUGACGGUGAUCUAGAUCACCCAGGAGAACGCCAGCAGAUCUCUAGCACCAGGGAGCGCAAGGCAGCACGCAUCCUGGGACUGAUUUUGGGUGCAUUCAUUUUGUCAUGGCUGCCGUUUUUCAUCAAAGAGUUGAUUGUAGGUCUGAGCAUCUAUACUGUGUCCUCUGAAGUGGCCGACUUUUUGACAUGGCUUGGUUAUGUUAAUUCUCUGAUCAACCCUCUGCUCUAUACAAGUUUUAAUGAAGACUUUAAGCUGGCUUUUAAAAAGCUCAUUAGGUGCCGAGAACAUACUUAGGUUGUGAAAAACCAAAAGGCAUGAUUUUGACCAGCCUCAUGAAUGGACAUGGGUAAGAGGUACAACAUCUUAAUUCUUGAACAUAGUUGGUUCAGGAGAGUUUGUAAGUAUGUGUGGUCUUGUUUUUUGUUUGUUUUGUUCUGUUUGAGGCUUGUUAUUUGAUGUGCUGUUUGCUACUUCUGGUCUUGUUU